CGACUUAAAGCCGACAGAAGCCAGUUUCAUUUUCUCCCGGCACACCUAAGCUGAGACCGAGGACUUCUGUCUGUUGACAACCACUCCCAAGCUGAUAAUGGAUAUUAUAGACCCCAUCCUGUCCAUUGCCUCAGAAAUCUACACCCUGGUUGAAAAUGUAAAGGCCAAUAAAAAACGCUGCCAGCGAGUGUCUGAUCGAGUCAGAGCUCUGGAGGAUCUGGUGAGAUCCAUCAAAGAGAGGGGUACAAUCCAAGACUCUGCUGACGUUGGGCAAUCCCUCAAAGAACUCUCCAUCACUCUGAAAUCAGCACAGCAUCUCAUCAAGAAGUACACCUCAGCCAACUGGAUGCAACGAAUCCUCAAGUCCAGCAGCCACGGAGAUGAAUUCAACAGUGUGAACGAACGUCUCAACGAUGCGUUCCAGGUGCUGUCCGGAGCUCUGCAGGUGGAGCACGGGAACAUGCUGUACCAGGUGUUUGAACUGAGCUCCAGAGUGAAAGAGGAUGAGGUUGACGGGAAGGCGGAUGAUGCAGAGCUGAAGGAAUUGCUCCUGGAAUACAUGAAGAAUCAGCAGGAGAAAAUGGACGCCAUGCAUAGAGAAUUUGAAAACGUCAAAGUCAAUGUGGAAAAGGUCAUGGAGAUGUUGAAUAAGCCUCGUGUCACCGACGAGGACAUCCGAAUGAUCAGGCCAGAUGAGCUGAAGUACGACCUUCCCAAAAAUCCCUUCAUGAAAACGUCGACCUCUGAGGUCUACAAAGGAGAGUAUCAUGGAUUUGCAGUGGUCAUCAAGAGAUACAUAGACCCUGUGAACCCCAGCCCAAGGGAGGUGCGGUCUGUCUUCAAUAAGGAAGUUGAAACCAUGAGACGUUUUGAGUCGCCCAACAUCCUGCGAAUGUUUGGCAUCUGUGUCCAGGAUGAGGACGGGCCCAAUCCCCAGUUCCUCAUCAUCAUGGAGUACUGCGAGAAGGGAAGUCUCAGACAGGUUCUGGACUCUGAAGCCAAACUGUCAUGGAUCAGGAAAGCUCGUAUGUGUUUCGAUGCAGCACAAGGAAUCUACCGACUGCACCAAACUGAAGUCAAAAGUAAAGUUCAUGGGUGCAUCAACAGCAGCAAGUUUCUGGUCGCUGAAGGCUACAGAGUAAAGCUGGGAGGUUUUGAACUGGCCAAAACAGAGACGUCACUGAAGAAGCCGAUAAAGGAAAAAGAUAGAGAGAUCAGGUCCUUGUGCUACUCCUCUCCACAGAUGCUCAGUGACAUCAACCACGUCUACAGUAAAGAGUGUGAGAUGUACAGCUUUGGUAUCGUCCUGUGGGAAAUUGCAACACGUAAGAGACCUUUUGAAGGGUUUUCAGAUAAGGAAAUAUAUCAGAAAGUGUGCAAAGACAAAUGUCAAGAAAUGCUUCCUGAUGACUGUCCUGAGUCACUUGAACAACUGAUCAAGGCCUGCCGAAGCUUUGACAGCUUCCACAGACCAUCUUCAGGAGUGCUGCUGGACAAACUGCGCAGUGUGGUGACACAGUUAGAGGAGCAAUAGCACUCUUCCUUCUCAUGGCUCCUCAUCAGAAAGAAAAAAGUCUCACUAACUACAAGAAUGUACAAACUACUAAAAGUUAAAGUUAGUCUGUAUCAUGUGCACUUAGUUGUAUCAUGGUGGUUAAUAUCAAUCCAUCCACGAUAGACGGAUAAAAUGUGAUUUAAAAAGAAAGGGUCCUAUACUUCUGCCACAACCUUCAGGUGUUGCGGGGAACUUAAACUAAUGGAAGACAAAAAAAUCUUCCACACUAACACAAGUUGUGUGUGAAUUAAAGUGCAUUUAUGUAUGCUGAUUUUCUGGGUGCUAUACACCAAACAUUGUUGUGCAAUGUAAUUCAUUUCAGAAUUCAUUUCAAUUCAGAUUUGGUCAUUUGCUGUAUAACUAAACAUACUGUCUUUUAAAGCUUUGGCCUGUAUUUGCUACAAGUUCUCUAACCCUGUGUUUGUCACAAGAGAUAAACCUGUCAUAGUGAACUGCUGUUGUCACUUUAAAAUAAAACCAUUUGGAUUC